GGGACCCGGCUUGCUCUGCCGGGGCGUUGGAGCUGCAGCGGGCGAGGUGCAUCCUGCGGGGAAUGCGAGAAGCUAGUUCAGGGCGCUCUUCCCACUCCGGUCCCCGAAGCUCGGCUCCUGUGGAUGCGCCCGGGAAGCCCACCCUCCCCGAGCGAGCCUUCGAUAGGCGUUUGGAAAAGACCCUUAUCCAGUCCGGAGGCUGAUGGUCCUCUGGACGUACGAAGGACGCCUCCGUGGACGCUGGACGUGUUUCGGAGAGUGGGUUGUGUUUUGGAGAUCUUGUUCAGUGGAGACGCGGUCUGUCUGUGAAAGGCUGGGAAGGAGCAGUCCGUUACCACCCUCGACAGGGACGCUGCCGCUCAGAGCCGACGUGCUCGCGCCUCCGCCGGUCUCCGUCCGGGUCCUAGGACCACAGGGACAUGUCAGAAGCCCAAGGGCAGCGUCUGAGGAGGACACACAGCUGUGAAACUUCUCAUCAGUGGUUUUGGCAAUUUUCUUACUAGCAGUGGACACAACCAAUGAGGCGUGCAUCAUCAUGCCCCAGCAGCUCCUGAUCACCCUGCCCGCCGAGGCCAGCACCUGGGUGAAGUUGCACCAUCCAAAGAAGGCCAAGGAGGGGGCACCUCACUGGGAAGAUGUGACUAAAAUUUUUGAAGGAGAAGCAUGCAACAGGAAGACAGAGUGCACCGUUUCCCCUGCCAGUGGUUCCCAAGUAAGGGGAUGUGAUUCACGCACAGAAGGGGUGAAAGUUUCUGCCCGCUUAAGUCCUCCAAGGGUUUUCCUGCACUUUAGCCCCAAACCAAUAUUUUUCACAACUCUGCUACCUCCGGAUGCUGAUGUGACCCAUGGUGGCAGUUUGGAGGAUGGGGUGACCCCUGGGACCCCAGUAACAGAAUCCCAGGAACUGUUAACCUUCAAGGACAUAUCUGUGGACUUCACCCAGGAGGAGUGGGGGCAGCUGGCCCCUAUUCACCAGAAUCUGUAUCGGGAGGUGAUGCUGGAGAACUAUGGGAACCUGGUGUCAGUGGCAGGAUAUCAACUUUCCAAACCUAGUGUGAUUUCUCAGUUGGAGAAAGGAGAAGCACCAUGGAUGACAGAGAAACCAAGCCCGGGAGAUACCAGCUCAGACUGGAAGAGUAAAACCAAAACCAGUGAGUCAACUACAGAGAAUGGUGUUUCCCAGGAACAGUUAUAUCAUGGCACCAUGAUAGAAAGGUUCGUGAGGGAUGAUAUCAUUUAUUCCACAUUGAGAAAAGUCUCCAAAUAUGAUGAUACUGUAGAAGGGCACCAGAAAACCUAUGGAAGAGAGAUGAAACAAGUCCUCUUGACCCAUAAGAGGAAAGGCCAAGAAACUAACAAAUUUGGAGAAAAUAUCAUUGGGAGUUCAAAUGUUAUCACAGAACAGAGGCACCACAAAUGUGAUACACCUGGAAAGAAGAACAAGUACAAAUUAGGUGCUGCUAAUCAUCCAGCAAGUUACAUAAGAACAAAAACCUAUGAAUGUAAUAUAUGUGAAAAAAUCUUCAAACAGCCUAUUCAUCUUACUGAACACAUGAGAAUUCAUACUGGUGAGAAACCUUUCCGGUGUAAGGAAUGUGGAAGAGCCUUUAGUCAAAGUGCAUCCCUUAGUACACAUCAGAGAAUCCAUACUGGUGAGAAGCCCUUUGAAUGUGAGGAAUGUGGAAAAGCCUUUAGACAUCGCUCAUCACUUAAUCAGCACCAUAGAAUCCAUACUGGGGAGAAACCCUAUGUAUGUGAUAAAUGCCAGAAAGCUUUCAGCCAAAACAUUAGCUUGAUUCAACAUUUGAGGACUCAUUCUGGAGAGAAACCAUUCACUUGCAAUGAAUGUGGGAAAACCUUUCGACAGAUCAGACAUCUUAGUGAACAUAUAAGAAUUCAUACUGGGGAGAAGCCCUAUGCAUGCACUGCAUGUUGUAAGACCUUUAGUCACAGAGCGUAUUUAACACAUCAUCAGAGGAUCCACACUGGGGAGAGACCCUACAAAUGCAAGGAAUGUGGGAAAGCCUUUAGGCAGAGGAUACACCUUAGCAACCAUAAAACUGUUCACACAGGAGUGAAAGCAUAUGAAUGCAACCGCUGUGGAAAAGCCUACAGACAUGAUUCAUCCUUUAAGAAACAUCAGAGACAUCACAGUGGAGAAAAACCUUAUGAAUGUAAUGAAUGUGGAAAAGCUUUCAGCUACAAUUCAUCACUCAGUCGACACCAUGAAAUACACAGGAGGAAUGCCUUCCGAAAUAAUGUGUAAGAACAGGUAUUUGACAUGAUAGCAAAAGCCAAGUCUAAAUCAGUGACUCUAUGCUUCAAAAUAAACGAAUUGAUAGGAUGCCAACUUUUAGUUUUGCCCAUUGUGUAAAUAAAUAAACACUGUGUUGAUAACUACGGUCUACUAACACCUCCAUACAAAGUACAUAAGAAAAUCUGGUCCUUCAAAUUAAAUAAAUCCAGCAUAAUUAAAAAUUUACA